AUACUUGACAAUGUAUUAAUGUUUUAAUUAAGUUCACGUGACAUUUUGAUGACUACACGAAAGCACCAUCACAAUAUUCGCAAUGUAUUUGUGUAUUACUACACGAAUACGUGGUACGCCCUAGCUGUCAACAGCACUUUUUCGUGUUAUUCUCCAUACAAUGUGGAUAUGAUCGUUCACUGCUUCCAAGCACGUAUGCUACAUAUAUAUACCAUCCGCAUCCUUUGAUUUGGUGAAUUCCAACAAGUUUCUAGAUAUCCAGGCACUUCUUGAGACGUGUUAUGUUGACAUGUAUUUGAAGUUGGUUAUUUAAUUACUUUAUUAUGAAGCAAGCAAAUAUAAAGAUUAACGUAAAGUUAAGGCAUCAUAGAUAGUUGUCGUCUAAAGUUUUAGCACAAAUGCUUUGUAUGUGAUUUUUUUACAAAACCAGCAAAACUUGGUUUAAGAACCAUGGCUUUUAAACUGUUAGUAAUAGGUUUGAUACAGAUGGCAGUAGCGUCUCAGGCUGCAACUCUACAGGACCUUAUGGUGGCAGAUGAUACUAUGUCUCUCGGCUCAUAUAUCAGGCCUGCUAGGUCCCCUGCGCCGGAAGAUUAUCAUAAAUCUUACGAGAACGAAGGAGAUGGUGAAAUCGGUUACUCGCGUAAGAAAACCGGAGGUGGCAAAAAGGGUUACCAGCAUUUUGACUCUUAUCACAAGAAGGCUGGAGACAAUUACGAGUUUCAGAAACAGGAUUCCUUUGGACAUGACGAUGACGGUCAUGCGGGAGCUCACAGCCACCAAAACGAGAAGAAAGUUGAAGCUUACCAUGAACCAGAAAGUGAUGAAGAAGAACGUGAAUACGAAAAAAACCCAAAGAAAAAAGAUCACGAGGAGUUAAGAGAAGGUCCUAAUAAUGAAGAAGUGGAUGUUGUCGGAUAUGACAAGGCAGAUUACAGUUUACCAGAAAAGUAUACCUAUGGUACGGGAGAGGAAUAUAACUUUAAGUAACUGUAUUUUAUUGCAUAUAUAUUCCAAAGUAACAUAAAAGUUAAAAGGGGAAGUGUAAUGAACCCACCAUUAUUUUUACAUGAGAUGUAUUUUAUAAAUUAAAUUAAAAAGAUGUUAAAUCGUUUUUAAUUUAUU